GAAAGUCAGUGGUUUCAGCAGCAGCAGAUAUCGUGGAAGUGUCCGUGUGAGUAGUUUGAACAUGUCUGCAGUGGAACUGUUGAGAGAGCUGGUGGACAGGCGUCUAACCGCGGCGGCUGAAGAGAUAAUCGGACUGUUCGAAAGAACCAUAGCGGAGUAUGAAGCGGAGCUGGGCCGCUCAGAGCGGGAAAACGAGCGGCAACGCAAACUGCUGGACGCCGUGUUCACGCCGGAAGUUCGGUUGCACAGAGCAGUAUUAUCUGCAGAUACCCAGCAGAGCCCAGAGCCCCCCCACAUUAAAGAGGAGCAGGAGCAACUCUGGAGCAGUCAGGAAGGACAGCAGCUUCAAAGACCUGUCUCCGUGAAGAGUGAAGGUGAUGAAGAGAAAGUUCAGUCCUCACAGCUUCAUCACAGACAGACUGAGGAGGACAGAGAGGCAGAGCCUCCACCCAGCAGCUCAGCUCCUCAGGUGGAGGCAGACAGUGAUGGACAGGGCUGUGGAGGAUCAGAACCAAGCAGAGGAUUAGAUGUAGACAAUCAUCUACGACCUGUUAAUGAUGAUGAUGAUGAGACUCCAGACUUCUGUGGACCAGCUGACAGCAGCGAUGAUGUCCGGAAGCAGAGGAGAGGGCGGCAGCAGAGCCAGACUAAGAGGUCUACAAAGUAUGCACACUUAGUCGCACCGAAGAGAACGUACUCAGGAGAAAAAGCCUUUGUGUGUUUAGUCUGUAAGAAGCAGUUUAAUUCUAGAAGCAGUGCCGUGCGACAUCUCAGAACUCACACAGGGGAGAAACCCUUCGGCUGCCCCGUUUGCGGUAGAAAAUUCUCAUGGGCCACAGCUUUGGGAGUGCACAUGAGAACCCACACCGGAGAGAGACCGUUCAGCUGCACGGUCUGUGGUAAGAAAUUCACACUGAAAGGAAAUGUGGCACAGCACAUGACUCUCCACACAGGGGAGAAGGCUUUCGGCUGCGGUGUGUGUGGGAGAAGAUACACCCGACAGUCAACUGUGAGAUACCACAAGUGUGUUUCUGAGAGAGUAAAUACAACUACAGGGCUGCAACGGAGAAACGGCCCAGUUUGAAUUUCUCACCAUCUGUGCAGGAUUAAACCAUCUCACAUAGCUGGUGGAUAGGGUUGGAAAAUCAUCAAUGUAUCUGAAAUAUGUGGUUAAUAACACACAAGUAGUUUAAUACCACAGGCGUUGUGUUUCGCCAGUUAAAUGCUUUUAAUGUGAAGGAGCAGCAGCAGGAAAUGUUGGGUUUAUGGCAGCAUUACUCUGUUCAGUGGCUGGACUGUUCACUGUGGUUUCAUUCAGAAGUAGAUAGUAAAUUAACACACAAAGAUAAAUGGAAAUCUUUGAGACUGACACUGUAAGCACAGGGCAGUAACUAUAAUCCAAAGGCUCCUUCUCUUUUUAGAGGAACUGUCUCUUAUUGUGUGUCUGUUAUUGUGUUCUACGACACUUUUCAGUGAUGCGUUAUGUCCAACAGAAAUUCUGUGUAUAAUCUUUUAGCAGCGUGUUCAGAGUCUGAAUCCACAAACCAGACGGAACUGGAAACGUGAACUGUUUUUUCUAAACAACAUCAGACUUUAUUUUUUUAACAGUCACAGAGCAGCAAUUGUUUAAGUUUUUU